AAUAUUAGGCAAAAUAUUAUCUCUGUGCGACAAUUUGUGCAAAAUUGUCAGCACAUUUUCAGAAUCACUCAGUUGAUUUCGAACUAAUGGCGAAAGUUAGUCUCCUAGUUUUGCUUGCUCUCCUGAGCCUUGUGACUCUGUCACAAUCUCGAGUGAUAUACAAAAAGUAUCGUAGAAUAGUGCCCCCAAAGAGGAAAAAUGUGAAACAAGUUGAGGAAAUUUACGAAAUUUUCCAUACCCAUCGUCGGCCUCCGAUGUACGGUCAUACCGAGGAAGAGAUCAACAAUUUCCUAGCUAAAGACAACGAUCCGAGGGACUACAAGCCUGGUAAGAGACCACAACCAGUUCCAACAACAGCGAUUCCUGUGACUACCACCAAGGAACCAGAAACGCCCCUCACAACCCAGAAAGCCGUUCACCCAGAUGUUGAAGUCAGUAUACCGAAUUGGGGGGGUGCGGGGGGCUUUAAUGGGGGGUCUAACUGGUGGGAUGCUACGACAACAACUCGAAGACCAUGGUGGGAUACAGAUCCUGAAACUACAACACAGGGAAUUACGUUUACUACGACAACAACUCAAAGACCAUGGUGGGAUACGGAUCCUGAUACCACAACUCAGGGAAUUACAUUUGCUACGGAGGAACUGGAGACAACAGAGGAAGCAACAACCACCGAAGCUCCUACUACCACAACCGAAUCUGAAUAUGACGAACAGGAAGUUGAUGAAGACCCAGAAUAUGAAUUCAACAGCAGAGGCGACGAUGAAGAAUAUGAAGAUGAAGACGAGGAGGAAGAGAAGGAAGACGAUAAUGAAGAAGAUGACAACAAUGACUACGAUGAAGAUUACGAAGGUGACCAACCUACUACAACAGAAUUCAGUUGGUGGGGUUAGGAAUUAAAUCCAUAUAAUUUUCUGCUUUAAAUGUAUAAAAUUAGGACUAAGAGCAAGGCAGUUUAUUUUUAGACAACUCAUAGAGCGUUUUAUGUACCAGAUAACACCAUUCGGUUGAUUUAAGAUCUCUUGGGGAUUUACAAAUACUAAGAGAGUUAUUUUAAUGUUCUUUGUAGUCAUUAAGAUUUUUGUGGAAAUACAUUGCUCACUGAUAUAAUG